AUUCAAAUGGAAGUUUUUAACGCUGUGAAAAAGACAGUUCUCUCCAUCAUUUCUGAUGCCGUCGAUUCAGAAACCUACCUGGAAGACCUCACCGCCAUCGGUGGUCUCAUAAAACCCGAAGUUGUGGCCACGAGUUUCCAGCUAAUGGAGCGUGGCAAAGUGCGAGAGUUGACGACUCCGCGCUCCGAAAUCCGACAGAAGCCGCGAGUAUUCGAAGAUUUUCAAGAAAAACCGAUUUUCGAUUGGAGAAGUGAGUGGGAGUUGAGACGACCGAAAAGGAAAAAAGCAUCGGAGAAUUUCAGACAUUUACAGCGAAGUUUUGUAGAGGUAGAACACGCAAAACGAAAGGAAUCUCUUCAAUUCUUCUACCCACAAGUCCACUACUGUCCUUGUCGAUACUUCCAAGUAUCCGUGCUCGAAAGACAAGUCGAUUGGAUUUGUGUACACCUUCUGGCGUACUACUUCUCCAGAAGUUUCGGAAAGAUGGAGAAAAUCGAGUGCAAGAUUGAGAUUAUUGGUAUUUUGAAAAAGAUAAUGUUGCGUUCUGUUGUGUUUGAUAACUUAACAAAGUCGGUUCAAAUAAAUUAA